UAAAUGGACCUAAAUAAAAGUUGGGCUACAACAAUUUGAUAGCCCAAGGUUUCGCUUCUAUAUAAUCAUACAGCAUUUGCAGUUUAGGGUAAAAUCUAGGGUUCCGUCUGUCAGUCGCCUCUUCUCGUUCACCUGCAAUGGCCAAGAGAACCAAGAAGGUCGGUAUUGUCGGGAAAUAUGGAACCCGUUAUGGUGCUAGUUUGAGGAAGCAAAUCAAGAAGAUGGAAGUUAGUCAGCACAGCAAGUACUUUUGCGAGUUUUGCGGCAAGUAUGCAGUGAAGAGGAAGGCAGUCGGCAUCUGGGGUUGCAAGGACUGUGGCAAAGUGAAGGCUGGGGGUGCAUACACAAUGAACACUGCCAGUGCCGUGACCGUCAGGAGCACUAUCAGAAGGUUGAGGGAGGCAACUGAGAGUUAGAUAUUAGUCAAGGCUGAGAUUUAUUGAAUGUAGUGAAUUUUGGUUGUUGUUUCUCAUUUUCAAUGAAAGUAACUUUAGACUUGGAUGCUUAUGCUCGUGUGAGACCCUACUUUUUCUUUAAUACUGAGGCUGAUUUCCUUCAAAA